CGUACUAUCUCUCACCUCUCUGCCCAUACACAGCUUGUACAGCUUGAAAACGAAGACCUACGCAACGUAAUUAGGGAGCUUAAGCCCUCUAAAAAUAAGUGGAGGAGGCUUGACCUGCAGCAUCGCAAGGAGUUUCACAGUACAGCUGUUCUUUGGGUCCCUCGUAAGAUCCGCCAAGCUGAGGAGCGCUAG